GCCCAACUUCAUCUUUUGUAACCAUUUUAAUAGUCAAAGCUCUAUAAGGGGGAGAAGUCAUAGAGAAACAUCCAUAACGCCGCCAUUGGAGUCUUAUUCUGACUUCUCUUCUCUGACUCGUCUCAUUCUUUGCUAAACUAAUCCAUUUGCCUUGCCUUGCCCCCUAAUUCCUUCUCAAUUUUUUCUUUUUUUAAAUUUUUAUGUUUUCGGGAUCGUUUCCCACUACCUCUAUUAACACCCUUAAAUCCCAUCUCUUUCCUCAUUUCUCCUUCUAUGUUCUUCUUCCUCCUUUAAUCUCUCUGUUUUUAUACUUCUUUUUAUAUAGAGCUUCACAUUCCUCCAUUCCAGCUCUUGGGCGGUGUUAAAGUUUCAAUCUUUACAACUCCCAAAGCCAUCCCUUUCUUAAUUUAUCGUUUCCACUUGCCCAGUACUACCAGUCUUCUUGCUUUAAAGAGAUGGGGGAUGAUUCAGGUAAAUUAGGGGAUUCAGGAGUGAUUGAGUUAACAGGGAAGAUAAUGGUGGUGACUGUUUUAGUCCUCGUGUUUGUGGUCGUCUUAAUUUUCUGCCUCCACUUAUACGCCAAAUGGUUCUUGCAACGCCGUGAAAAUCAAGAACAGAACUCAAACUCCCCUUCCGGCACCGGUAAUCGGAGGAGGCGGCGCCGGCGGUUCGACUUUGCUGGUGGGUACCAAGACUUGAAUGUGACGGCGGCCUUAAAAAGAGGGCUUGAUCCGUCGGUCCUGAAAACCAUUCCUAUAGUUGUGUUUAGUAAUGAGAAUCAGAAAGAGUUGAAAGUUGGAGGAGGAUUGGAGUGCGCAGUUUGUUUGUGUGAGGUAUCAGAGGGUGAAAAGAUGAGAUUUUUACCCAAAUGCAAGCAUGGGUUCCAUGUGGAAUGCAUUGACAUGUGGUUCCAAUCUCAUUCCACUUGCCCACUCUGCAGAAACCCUGUUUCUUCUUCUAACAAUGUUGUUGUUGAAGAUGAUGAUUCAGCAGUCCAAUUGGGUCCCACCCUGCAGGAGGGUCCCUCUCCCUCCACCGCCGCCGCCGGUGCUGCAACGACAGAGUCAUUGAGUUUCCCAACAAAUGUUCUGUAUUGGGGAAAUGAGACUCAGGUCAGCAUUUUAGGAGAAGGAAAUGUUAGUGCUGCUUCAAGUUCAUCUUCAUCUUCACCAGAAGGAGGAAUGUUAGUGAUUGAUAUUCCUCGGAUGCAUGAUGCGGAGGAGGCUGCUGAAGAGCAACAACAGAAAACAUCGCCUUUGCCUAAGCGUUUGAGGUCAUUCAAGCGGCUUUUGAGCAGCAGUAGGGAUAAUACUAGUAGGAGAUUAAGUCCUCGUGGCGGUGGUGGUGGUGGUGAUGUUGAUUUGGAGCAGCAGCAAUAGGGAGGGAUUAGGGGAGGAUUGAUUACUUGUGUAAUUAUGUCAAUUUUGGAGUUUGGAGGAAUUGAAUUGGUUUAUUUGUACAUUCUGACAUCGUUUGGGUAUAUAUACAUAUAUAAUACUGAGACAGACUCUGAUGAUGUGGUCUGCAAUUUUUUUCAGUUUAUUAUACAUUCUUUGAUAAGUUCAUUAUAUGAUUUUUAUUUUUUAAAGAUUUUGAUGUCGGCGUUCUUUAACUUCUGUUUAGGAGGUUGCUGAAAUCAACAGAAUUUGAUCAAUCAAUCAAUUUUGGCUAUCUGCAUUUGUAUUGUUUUUGUAUUUGAUUAACA